GGCAUAAAAGAAAUCAAAGGCGCAGUAGAAAGCAACGAAAGGCAACGGCGACUGCGAUCGAUCGUUCGACUUUUCUAACUCGCGCGCGUCUGGCUUUCUUUUGUUCCGUGUCCCGCCAAUCACGGCGCGCGUACACACGCACACGUUGCACACACGCACAGGCUCGCCAAAAAUUCUAUUCCGCAUGCAUUCUUCUGUUAACACGCGCCGAGAGCGGCAGCAAGUCCACGUUCUCCCCGGGUGCCAAUUUUCAUUUCGGCGCCGAAGUCCAGAGUUGGUCGCACCACGCGCGGUGAUGGCUAAGAAUUUGAUCGAUCGAAACCGCGCCGGCGGCAUGCGCCAUGUAGUGAUAACUCGAGUAUGCGCGAGUGUCCCAGUACUGUUUUCAGUGGUUUGUGUUUCAAUGGUUUGUUUUUUUUCGGGUAGAUUAUAAGGACCCGGUGGUCCCUGGUGGAUCCUGGCGCGUUAUGCGCGUGUGAUUUAUCCCUUAUUGCGUGCAUAUGCGUGAUUGUGCUCGUGCUCCUGCUGGUGCUCUGUGUGUGUGUUGAUAGGGAGAGUUAGGUUGUUGCAGCAGUGGUCAACUAACUAAACGAAUCUCAACGAAACGCGAGUGUCGUCGUUUUCCUCUGUGUCGAGCUUCUCGUUGUUUAUGUUUUGUUUGUGGAUUUUACGCUCAGACGACCAGAGCGCGCUCUGUUUAGUGCGCUCGCAGUGACUGUUGGUGUGGUUGUGUGGCGGCGUGUGCGUGCGGUCAUAGUUGCGACUGUGUGGGUUGUGUUAGUGUUUGCUGUGCUUAAUCUGGGAAUACGUGUUAGCCAGCGGCCGAUGUGCCACUGUCCAAUUGUCCACAGCUGGGAAGAAAGGAAGAGAACCGACUCUCUGUCCUCGUCGUCGUCGUCGUCGCGCUGUGAACAAGCACGACCUGGCUCGGCGGACCGGACCGCCCCGGAGGAGUAGUAGUUCGAUUCAGUUGCACAAUUUUAGCAGCGCGAGUGAUGUGUGAUAGCGCAACAACGCGCGUGUAAUAAGACGACGAAAGCCAAAAAUAAAGCUACCUUAAAGGGACAACACGGAGAGAAGCACAACACCACCACGACGCUGAGCGGAUCAGGUGUCCUCGCCCACUCACUGGUCAGCGGCAAGGUCCCUCUAGCCCGUUGAUCUCACAAACAAUAACAAUUCUGCUUGCUGCGGGCGCUGAGCUGAGUGUGGUGCGCAGCUGUGGCAACCGUCUGGAUCUGUGUCAGGGAAGGAGAAGGUGAAAGAGUGUGAAUAUCACCGAUUGCGGGUCGUGCGGGGAGGAGCGGUGAGCGCAAAUAGUGUAGCCAACGAAUAUUGAUAAGAGAGUGCGCACACGGUGGUGACGGCAGUAACAGUGUUGUGACGGUUAGACAGCGAAAGAAACGGAAGCUAGUGCACAGGCUAGGCGGCAAUCAAUCAAUUUGUCUCCUCAACCAAGCAACAUUACCGCUGCACCGUUCAAUUUAGCGCGUCUCCUCAGCCUACGAUUUAGCAACGGUGGUACACCCAACAAGACCGGACUGUCUUGUGGUGCCUGAGUGCUGCUUUGUGCAGCCAGGAGGAGCCGGUGGAGUGCGGUUGAGCCGUGCGUACAGCAGGAGGGGGUGUGCAGUUUUGGCUUUGAAUGAACAGCGGCAAUGGGAAUAAAGGCGAGCACCGCGAAUGGAGGACAGCAGAGUCCUAGGGCACGCACUUUCUCCACAAGCAGCAGCAGUGAGGUGGUAUCUGGCACCACAGGCGCCCCGUACGAAAUAUCGUCCGCUAGUACCGAUCCCGACCCCGAAGAGAAUGCCGCCAAUGCCGCCCCCAGUGCCGCUUCGCUCGCGCUGGGGCGAGUGUACGCUACAUCACUACCAACUCACAUUUGGUCAUUGAAUGGUAUAAAAUGUCCAGUAUGUAGCAAAUUCGUGAUGCCUGAUGAUAUUGAGUGUCAUCUUGUAAUGUGCCUAACAAAGCCCCGUCUGUCAUAUAACGAGGAUUGCUUAGCUGAUGCAAAGGGAGAAUGUGUCAUUUGCUUAGAAGAUCUAUCUCCCGGUGAUAUAAUCGCUAGACUACCGUGCUUAUGCAUCUACCACAAAGGAUGCAUCGACAAAUGGUUUGAAGUCAAUCGCAGCUGUCCUGAACAUCCUGGCGAUUAGUGUAAUAUCCGUUACUGCAGGAGAAACAGCGUCGGUGCAGAUCCUUCUUCGUUGGCGGCGUACCCCGAUCGUGAACUGUGUCGACCGUUGUUAUUGGUGCCGAUGAUCACUCGUCUCGUCGUGUCGGAAAAACCCCGUGUGGCUGGUACGUUCGUCUCGCUGGAGACGUUGUUGUUGUUGCAAGCGUCGCUCGCCUAUCCGGUCAGCUAGGAUCCUACGUGGAUUUCCCCGGCGUUUACGAUGUUCCUCCGGUACCGGCGACUGUUGUUGUAAGCUGCGUCGAUUUGUGCGUUUCCUGAGACGAGGGUUCGUGAAGCGUGGGAAGGGUACGGGCAGGCAACGCUAGGAAUAUGAAGAAGUGGCCCGGCAAUGAUAAUCAGAGGCGGGACGCUUCAUCCCCCCCACACUUAUUUGCGCUCGAGGGUCACCGGAACGUGUUGAUCCUCGAGUGUUAGUCCUAGAUUUUUUUCUCUUAAUUAUAUGAUGUUAUUGAUGCUUUUAUACGAUAUUGAUUUUUCUUUUACAUUUUUUCUUCACAUUGGCUCAUUUUCUUCUACGUUUUGGGUCCAUCAUCUGUGCGUCGGCUUUGGCGGCUUUGGGUAAAACAUACUUUUUCCCUUUUCUUCUUGGCUUUUUACCAGGACCCUUCGUGAUUCUAACGCAUCUCAAAUUUUCGUUUUACAUAUUCUUCACAUUUGCUCCUAUUUCUUCUAUCUUCAAAUAGUGUCCCUUCACGGUUCGUAAUUUUUGUUUCUUUUCGGCUAGUUUCCGGGAUCCUUCGCAAAAUUAUUUUCCUGAAUUUUUCCAUUUCAAACAUCUUUCCAAUUUUCGCCUAAUUUUCCUUAUAUCUUUCCCUAUCUCUGAGUCGAAUGUUUGUAGACUUAUGGUAAGUUGUAUGAUUUGGAUGACGAUACUCUGAAUUAAUUGGCGCGUGAUCGAGAACACUUCGUAUACCGCACGUUGCUCACGGCUUGCUAAUUUUCGUCCUUGUUACAGAUAGUGUGAUUUGCCUCUUACUACUAGUUUCUUCAUAGUGAUUUCUAGAUUGUAAUAUUUGAUGAUAGCGAUAGUCAGCAUAUUUUUGUUUUUUUUUUUUUUUGAAUAUAAUUGUGAAAUACGCAAAGCUUGACCUACUUUUUCUUUUACAUUAUGGUUACGGCCUUAGGUAUGGUUCGUAUUUUGGGAGGAGGGAUUUUGGGUGUUAAUGGUUUAGGGGUUUGGCUUACUGUGCUCUGGAUCGUCGGGGCUUUCUUUUCGGGGCAUUCGGAGCUCUGCGAAGUCGGAGUGUCGGCUGUUGGUACUACGCUGUUGACUUCGGGGGUGUUCAUCUGUUUUUCUGUUACUUCGAGUGCGCUGUUGCCUUCGUGGUUGCGGGGUGCUCCAAUUUGCCAUUUGAUUCCAAGACGAACUCGAAGUAGACAUAUUACCAUUAGUGCGGCCGCAAACAUGCUUGGCCACGUCACCCAUGGGUUUUGUAGUGGAAUCUCGAUUAAUUGUCGAAGCGACGGUGUGUCUGCUUUUAAGUCUGCGACAUCAAUAGCUAAUUUCCGUAGGAUGUCCGAUGUCAGAAAGGGUUCCACUGAGAUCCUUUCCUUAUUAUUAUUAAAGGACUUAUUAUCCUUUCCGGUGUGAGUUCCUUCGUGAUCCGAGCUAGACUAAGUAAACCCGGUAGCACAUCUCCGGAUUGGGUGGUCGGUAAACGUGCAUGAGAGGGAAUUUUUUCUGCUUGUUCUUGGAGCUGAUUCAUCACUAUCCCGGGGUUUACUAGCUCCGCUAGAUCGGCUAUUGACAAUCGAUCUUCGGUGAACACGUGUAAAAAGCUUUGAGUGCUACGGUGGAAAUGUUGUAGCAGGUGGGUUACCCAUAUGCCGAUUUCUACUAGCUGCUGUUCUAGACGUAGAGUAAUGCCGGCUUCCUUUGUAAAAUUAGCUCCGGCCUGCAUUUCUUUUUGCAUCUGGUGUUCGGCCUCUUCCAUUUGCCUAAGCGUAUCAUCUACAUGGUGCGUUGCUUUCGCGAUUUCUUUGUACAACGUCUCGACUACGUUUGUCUGGUGUGAAUAGGCUAAUUUAAGAUGCUCUUCAUUCUGUCGAAGCGAGACAAGUCCGGCAUUCACACGGGCUCUGUCGUCGGAAUCCAUGGCUCCUAGAUAUGCCAAAAUUCCCCUCUUUUGUUUCUUGGGGAAAAACUCUCGUAGAUAAACCAUCCAGUCCUUGUACUCGUUCGUGUUUCGUGUUAGGACGAUGGAGACCGAUUCACAUCGAUCGUCUUGUCGUAAUUUCAGUAGCUGCUGACAAUGUGUUUUGUGAAGCGCCGUAACAGUCUGCAAAUACUGCAAGUCGCGUUCCAUUUCCUUAAAAUCCCGCUGAACGAUGAUGCCGAGCUCUCCUUGCCUCACGAAUGUUGGCCCUUCCGAGUCCAUGUACAGCCGGGGUUGCAUAUCCGCCAUGAUGGCGGAGGCCAACGAGAUAAACCUGUCAUCAGAAUUAAACAUUAUCUUCUUUCGUCCUACGGGUAUGAAAUAUAUAUAUAAAUUUUUCAUUUAAAACUCUCCUAGAUCCUCUGUUCGAUGUUUACUUCUUUUUUUUUUUGUUCUCUUUGCCGUCCCUUACGUGUAUGCGUCAUUUUUCUAAAUCCCUUGUUUUCUAUCAUCCUUUUUGUGGGUGCGUAUAGUGCUUGAGUGUAAUAGUUGUUACUCUAUGAAUCGUUUUACUCGGUUGACAUGGACGCGUUCCAUGCGAUGUCCGUUUCUUACUACUACUGUCUGUUCGCUAGGUACGUCUACUACGGUAUAGGGCCCUCUCCACGUGCUUAGGAGCUUUUGCCCUACUCCCAUUGGGUUAGCCUGUAUCAAAAUUUUAUCCCCCCACAUGGGAUACCACUCUCGUGCGUCUCUGUCAUAGGAAACCUUGCGCCUUUCUUUGGAUAGCCAUAGGCUUUCCCGCGCAACCCCGUGGAUGUGUCGGAAGAUGUUAUGCAACUCCGUAACGUAGGUGUGGUAGUUGGUAUUGUUGUCGUGACUUUUGAAAAACGAGGUGGGCAGUUUGGGCUCCCGACCAUACAUAAGUUCGAACGGAGCGAACCCAGUUGAUGAAUUUACUGUAGUAUUGUAUAGAAAACAGAAAUACGGGAUAUGUAGAUCCCAUACGUAUGGGUUCCCUACCACGUACUGCCGCAAAUAGAUUUUUAGUUCCCGAUUGGCUCGUUCCACCAGGUUUGCUUGAGGGUGGUAUGCACUCGUAUUUAUCUUUUUGAUCUUCAACAGCUUGCAAGCGCUGACCAUAACCUGGCUCAUAAAAUUUGUCCCUUGAUCAGUGACUAAUUGCUCCGGAACUCCGUGCUCACAGAUAAUUCGUUCCACAAAGGCUUUUGCUACCGUGGUGGCCUCUUGGUUCUCCAUGGGUACCACGAUGAGGUACCGCGUGAGAUCAUCUUGCGCUACUAGUCCAUAUCUAUUCCCUCUCUCUGUCUCCGGCAGUACUACUAUAUCCAUGAAGAUUUUCUCGAACGGCACCGCGGCCGUAGUGGUUAUUUUCAUAGGUAUUUUGUUGAAUCGGCAGAUUUUGUUUUUCUGACACGACUCACACUUGGCAACAUAGGCUUCGAUGUCCUGUCUCAUAUUUCGCCAAUAGUAGAUUGCACCAAUCUUUUUCCUCAUGCGCUUUGCCCCGACAUGCCCCCCUAGAGGCGAGUCGUGAAACUCCCUUAGUAGCGUUGGUACUUCGUGCGGUUGUAUCUCCAUCCGCUCCGAGCUCGCAUUGUACAGGGAGAAAACAAAGCCGUGCUUUUCUCCCAAAAACUGGAUCAUCUGGAAAACCGCGAACUGCUUAAUCCUUUUGAAAGAAAGGAUGGGUAUCUCCUGUUGCCCCCCAGUCACUUCCUUUAAUUUCAAAAGGCAGCGCUGGAGCCUCUCCAAAAAAAGUUCACUGAUCACCAGCGAGUUGCUUUUUCCUUCUAAAACUAUUCCCAAUAUCUUCGCCUCGGGCACAUGUAUCACGUAUUGAGACGUGUAAUCCUUCAGCCCAUGUGGUGGAGUCCAAAUUCGAGAGAUGUCGCUAUUAACCGACCUGCUAUUUAAUAUUACUAUGCGGUAUCGUGAAGGGUCAUCUUCCAUACUACGGGCAAACUUAAUCUUGCGCCAAUUGAUAUUUUUCAUCAUACGAGCGUGUUCGAACUGCUCGUACAAUUCCCUGGCAAGCGAGAGAUCUCGAGAGUCAGCUUUGUCUGUUGUCGGUAAGUUCAUUAGAUCGUCGAUGUGUGGAUCCAUAUUAUUCUGGUUGUCACCCUCACUGGCUUGUUGUUGGGCUUCUUCUGCCUCGGAUUCUUCUUGCAUUUUUUUCUUCUGCGCUCGGGUCAAUAUUGCCACUAAUUGUGUCUCUUCCGUUUCCUCCGUUAUUUCAUUCCUCAAGUCUGGUGUGGGUAUGCGGGAUAAAAAGUCCGCUACCACGUUUUCGCGACCUUGCUUAUACCGUAUGUCGCACUCGAAACCCUGUAGUUUGAGUCUUAGUCGUGUCAGUGUGGGUGAAGUUUCCUUUAACUUCCAGAUCGAGACCAAUGGUCGAUGAUCCGUAUAUACGAUGAACCGUUGGCCAUACACAUAAUGCCGAAAAUACGCGGCUGCCCAAACGAUCGCUAACAGUUCCUUUUCAAUAGUGUGAUACCGUUCCUCUGCGCCCCGUAGUGCUCUGCUGGCGUAUGCAAUGGGCUGAUUUUCUGUUUUCUCAUUAGACAAAACUACUCCUAUCGCGAAUUGGCUGGCGUCAGUGGUCAGGACAAAUGUAUCAGCAUAAUUAGGUCUGACCAAAAGCGGCUCGCUUACUAAUGCGGCCUUGAGGCUAUCAAAUGAUUGCUGACAUUUUUCCGUCCAUAGGAACUUGACCCCAUCUUUGAGCAAAUCAUUGAGUGGCUUGCGCUUGUGUGCCACUCCGGGUAUAAAUUUGGCAUAGAAAUUUAUCGUUCCUAGCACUGACCUGACCUGUCUUACUGUUGUUGGGGGUUUCAGAUUGAUUAUCUUGCUCACAUUCUCCUUUAGUGGCUUUACCCCAUGUUCGCUUAUGUGAUGGGAUACUCUAUCUCCGUCCGCAGAAUCUGACAUUUCUGCGGUUCAAGUCGUAAGUUAUGCUUACGUAACCCAUUUAAUACCAGUCUCAAAUGCUCUGCGUGUUCGGAUAUCGAUCUUCCGUAAACGACGAUAUCAUCUAGGUAGACGACAGCCCGGACCCCUCGAAUCUCGUACAGUACCUUAUUCAUUAACUUUUGAAACGUCGAAGGGCUGUUUUUCAGGCCCAUGGGCAUUCGAGUAAACUCAUAGUGUCCAUACGGUGUGGAAAACGCCGUCUUGGGUGCAUCCCGUUCAUGAAUGGGAAUCUGAUAAAACCCGGACUUAAGAUCCAAUGUCGAAAAAUAUUUACUGUCCCCUAAUGUAUCCAAUAUGUCUGGGAUCAAGGGAAUCGGGUACACGAAUGGUACUGUAAUGACGUUCAAAGCACGAAAAUCUACUACGAUCCGGUACCGUUUGUUUCCCUGUGCAUCUACCGUUUUCUUUGGAAUACAUAACACUGGUGCAUUCCAAGGGCUAGUGCUGUCUUGAAUAAUGCCUAGUUUGAGCAUUUCGUCGAUUUGCUCGAUAACUUGCUGUUUCGUUCCCUCCGGGAAGCGGUACUGCUUUUCGAAAAUCGGAGUGCUGUGUGUUGUUUCAAUUUCGUGCACGGCAGCGUUGGUGCACACAAAGUCGUCGCCCUCUAGAAAAAAUACUUCAUUAAAUUGGGUUAUAAGUUCAGCAAUCUCCUUUUCUUCGGGAGGAAGUUUUGUUAAUUCCAUCAGUUUCGCAAUUCUCGCUGGCCCCGAGAUCUUCUGGGCAUCUCGAUAUUCUACCACGUCAUAGUCAAGAUUGGAGUCAAGAUCGAUUUCCUUAUACCAUUCUUCUUGCUCUUCUCGUUCCUGGUAAUCCUCGUUGCUUAUCGUCAUAACUAGUUCCCCCCCACACUUAUUUGUGGUUGAGGUUACUGCUUCUUGCGUCACCAUUCCCAGGGGUACGGUUUUAUGGGGUCCCUUCUUUUCAUGCCCUUCCCCUGACGUUGUUGGGUCUGACUGUGGGUGCAAUGUGAUCCGAUUACAACAGUAAUCGAUCUGAGCCGCGUACCUGCGUAAAAAUUCAGCUCCUAGGAGCCCUGGCAGCAUUAGCUCUGCUACUACCUGGAACUUUGUGGGGUAUAUAAUUAUACGUCUUUAUUGCGAGACGGACCGAUUAAGAGUACCGAGUGUUUCCCCACCUCGUGAACAUGACAAAAAAUGCUUACGCUGCUUAAAAUGCGCCCUAACCUA